AUGGACAACAACCGUUUCUCAAAGACUCGAAAAGGGAAUUCUGACUUUAGUCAAGGACACGUUAACCCUCGGUUUUCCGAAACCGAAGAAACAAAUCAUUCUGGCGAAUUCGGACUGAAUGAUCCUGAUAUCAUUGUGGGACGAUAUUUAAUAUAUGACUCAAGAACUAGACGUUGUUACGCUAGAAACAAUUCUUCGUUUGAAAUAAACACUCCAAGGGAUGGAAAUCACAUAUCAAAAAUGAUGAAUGUUAUACUUGGGCGCGCAUCUCCAAAUUCAAUGAAAGAAGUUACCCCGUCCGCGUUUUCACGUAUUCCACCCCCACCUCCACCUCCCAAUUCUCCACCAUUGUUAUCCUUGUCUCCAUUUUUUCCAUCUUCACCAGAAUUACCCUCGACUCCAAUAGGUCCACCGCAAGUUAUACAGGCCACACCGGAUAGUACACCACGAAAUCUGCAGAAUUUAAAUACAUUAACGGAUAAUAAUAGUCCGCCUUAUUCUCCAUUUCCAGAUUCUCAUUUUGCCCAAUUUGAUGUACCAAGUCCACCGGUGUCCGCUCGUGGGUUUUCCCCAUUAUCUAAUCCUUAUUAUUCGGAUGACUCAGAAUCUUCUUACUCGAAUGCCUCGGUUCAUCACUCACCUACAACACCAUUACCAACAACCGAGAUUAGUUCAUCUUCCGCUCAACGUCAUUCCCAACUCUUAAGAAAUUUUAAUGAAAGAUGCGAUUAUUUAAGUAAUGCACCUUCAAGAAACUUUCAUGAUUCUAAUCUAAUACGCAAUAAUGAAUUAUCUCCUUCUCCCAACAAUUAUCGAACUAAUUCAAUAUCAACUAGUCAAAGCACUAGAUUAAAAAUUAAUCCUUUAAAUUAUAAUGCGCUUAAUGAAGGUACUAUAGACUAUUCAUCGUCUACGGGUUCAAAAGAGCCGGAUACUUUGAAUUCCUACUUUUAA